AACAAUAUGCCCAGGCUCUUCCAUCCAUCCUCCCCAUCUCCUCCUCCACGGUUUCCUCUCCACCGCCCCGCACCGGUAGCUGUCUUUCCUCUUCCCCUCCCUCUCCCCUGAGCCCUGACCUACCCGAGCUCCUCCAAUCCGCCGACCCAAUGCGGUUCCCUCUCUAAAAUAUCUGCUCCAGUCCACCGCCGCCGCGCCCUAGAGCUCCCGCGGAGCGCCGCCGCCGCCUGCCGCUGACGCCGUACGUUCAUCGCGUCGCCUGCCGUCUCGACCCCCCGUCUGCGAUCUUCACAACUGGGGUUUCUUUAGGAAGAGGUAGUGAGAAAGCAUAAUUACUGAUCCAACUUGCUGUGAUUUUACUUAAGCAAGGGAAUUGGGGUUUGGCAGUAUGUCACAUAGAAAUAUGGCUUGGACACAUCAGGUUGCUGAUCCUGAAUCAGAGCGAGGACUCAUCCAAGUUCAACCUGGAACUUCCAAUGAUGUAGGAUCUGGUAGUAGUUUCUCCAACCAGGGUGCGCAAGUUGGUUUUGGAGUUCCAGGAAAUGCUACUAAUACUGGAGUCCGUGAUUUGCGUAGUUACUAUGAGGGCACCAAUAACCAGCGCCAGCAUGUUCAGAAUGCAUACCAAUCUGUAGGUGUUGAUCAGAGUUCUGUCUACCCAUCUACUAUGUACAAUCCCUGCUUUCCAAUGCCAGCCACAAACAGAUAUGUUUCACACACUCAAAGUGUUGGAGUGGGAAACCCACUUGGAGUUGGAGUGGGCAACCCACAACACUCACCUUUAUAUCAUCAAGUUGCCACAGGAACUAUGGGUGAGAGUAGCGGCAGCAGCAAUUUUGGUGACACCGAUAGAGAAUUCAUCAAAAGGAAAAAUGCAGUAGCUGAGACUGGCCAUCAUUCUGUUCAUGGAUUUGCAAGCUCCAGUUCUUCUGCUCAUGUGCCUCAGAAUCCUACACAUGGGCCAUGGAAUGCUUCAUUUGAAUCGCAUGUUUCACCAAAUACUGCUUCUACAGAUGGACUGGGUAGGCCAAAUCCAAUGGCUGCUCACCCGACAUUGGUGCAUCCUGGUAACUAUGUAGUUCCAGCUGGUCACAUGGCCACAAAUGCUAUUACUGAUGGAGUUCCACACUGGGGAUGUCACAUUGCCGCAAAUGGUAUUGCUGAGGGAGUUCCACACUGGGCAUUUUCAGUGGCUCAUCCUCCAGGUCAAUUUGUCCAUCGAGGAACCGUAGGCAUGCCAAAUGGAAGUCUUCAGGAUUAUCAAGCUGGUCCAUCUGCCAUUCGUCAUGGGCCUUUACCUCAUUUCAGCCAGAUUCCUUUGCAUAGCAUGCAGACUCCUGCCCUGCUUAAUCAUAUUCAAAUGCAAGGACCUCAGCGACCGAGCAAUGCAGUGCAUGGUGUAAAUCCUUCUGGAAUCGGGCCUACCUUGGAUCCAAGAAUCCUAGCUUUCUCAUCCAAUCCUGGACUUAAUAUUGGACCUCCAAUUCAUCGAUUUCAUACAAACCAAGUUAACAAUGGGAGUUUAAGAAUGAUGCCAUAUGAGAAUGCUGCAUCAAUGGAUCUUUCAAGAUUUUAUGAAGCAAGGCAUGUUAUUGAUGAACAUCUAGAUAUGGGGUUGGACAUAGACAACAUGACUUACGAGGAGCUCGUAGCAUUGGAAGAACAGAUUGGAGAUGUUAAUACCGGUUUGGCAGAAAGCUACAUCAGAGAAAAUUUGAGGUUAAGUCGUUAUGUUCUGGGGUCAGAUUGCAUGCCUGAUCAGUCCCCUGAGGAGAAUGAUGCUUGCAUAAUAUGUCAGGAGGAGUAUCAGGCCAAAGAACUUAUAGGAACCCUUGAUUGUGGUCACAAGUACCAUGGCGCAUGCAUAGCCCGGUGGCUGAUGGUGAAGAACCUGUGCCCCAUCUGCAAGACAACAGCUUUGCCAACAGAUAGAAGAAGCGGGUGACGGAUGCCAAUAAUGUUAUCGAUUAUUUGCCGCAACAGAGAUUCAUUUAAAUUUUGUACAUAACUUGUUGGGUGAUGUUGGUUGUUACCUGUAAUUUCCGGUUCGCUUUCUUGAGGACAUAGCCUGGCUUCCUUAAAACUGUACAUUCAGAGUCGAUCAUUUAGUAGACUGCUUUAGACCUCCAUGGUGCCUGAACAGCUCUCAUCUCAUCAUGGAAUUCCUAGAUCGUUCCUUAUCAUAUCUAUUGUACAUUGUAAUUAUCCUUAUUUGCCUAUGCGAAAACAAAGUUGAGAACUCAACAGUUCUUCAGCA